ACGUAGAGGGGAGUUUCCAAAAGCGAACUACGAAAAUGUUGGUGUUAUGAAGUUGUGAACUUUCUGCAGCUAGUUUUUAUUCUUAUUUAGUGUUUAGAAGAUGUUAAUUUGUAUAAUUUCAACGUUAUUGCGGACUAAUUAUCCUAUAAAUAAUUCAUACGAUGUGAAAUGCACUUUUACGACGAUGUGUAGUAAGCUUGGCUUAGUUCUAUUUCUACGUUCUAAUAACAGAUUAAUCAAUUAAUCUGUUUGCCGAUCGUUUUCACAUUUAUCUAUCGAGUGUUUCGGUUCGACGGUGGUUUAAUUACGCUGAAGAAAUGCUUUUCAGAAGGAGCUGCCUUCGGAUACAUCGUAUUCAAGUGUUACUCGAACCUUCACGAGGAUUCCAUUGAUUUACAUGAUUGAAUCUUGUAAAAAUGGACGGAAUCCGAGCUCUAGAUAUUAUUUCUCUUCUACAAGAUCGUCUGGCUAUUUUAACCGGCGGACGAGACCGUAGAGGAGCUCUGCUUCUUAGCUUUCCUUCGACCCCUCGUCGUGAACGAACUAAACCAGAUGAUUAUCGACGACUUCUUCAGUAUCUUACUUCUAUACCUUCCGAGGAAGCUCGAGAAUCUGGCUUCACUGUCAUCAUCGAUAUGCGUGGAUCGACUUGGGGAACCGUUAAGCCAAUUUUGAAAGUUCUUCACGAGCAUUUCGCAUCGUUGAUCCAAAUAGCGCACAUCAUCAAACCGGAUAACUUCUGGCAAAAACAACGCACCUCUUUCGCUAGUCAUAAAUAUAAAUUCGAAGCUAACUUAAUUAACGUCGAUUCUCUUCCUAAAAUUAUCGAUUCCUCGCAGCUGACUUCCGAUUUCGACGGUUCGCUUAACUACGAUCAUAUGAGAUGGAUUGAUGUUCGAUUAAAUUUAGAAGAUUUCAUGUGGCAAGCAGCCGAUUUAUUAGAUAGACUGGAUGAUCUUCAAGAAGAUCUUAGUAGAAAUGAGUUCGGUGAAGAUGCAGCUGCUGCUAAACAUGCUUUAGAUGUUCACAUGGAGAUGAAAAAGAAAAUCAUGAAGAUACCUAUAGACGAUAUAGAUUCAACUGGCAAAAAACUUCUGCAAAGAUUAUCAAUAGACAACGGCACCUAUUACGAUUCCGAUAGCACAACCCAAGAUAGCGAAAAAACAACCUCCAGCGUUUCCAGCACCGAUUUCCAAGCCGCAGUUCCUCAAAUACUUCAAAACCUCGAUUCCAUCCGAAGAUCCCAAAAACAAGUUCUACAAUCGUGGAAUCACAAAAAAAUGAAACUCGAUCAGUGCUUCCAACUUCGUUUAUUCGAACAAGAUUGCGAAAAGAUGUACGAAUGGGUUUGUCGUAAUCGAGACGUGUUCCUAAUGAAUUACAUCGAAAUUGGCGAAACUUAUCAGGCAGCUAAAGAUUUGCAAGAAGAACAUAACCAUUUUACGUUCAAUUCUAUGAAUGUCUAUGUGAAUAUCAAUAGAAUUCUAGCAGUGGCUCAAAGAAUGAUCGAAGCUGGGCAUUACGCGUCUCAGCAUAUUCGAUUGGUUGCCGAUAAAUUAGAUAAAGCUUGGAAAAUUUUCACCGCUGGACUCGAUGAGAGGACCGCAGUAUUGGCUUUAUCUGUCUUAUUUCAUCAUAAGGCCGAACAGUAUGUUGAAAAUGUGGGUGUAUGGAAACAAGCUUGCGAAAAUAUGAAUCUAACGAAUGAAAUACGGAUAAUGGAGACAGCAAUUAGGCAGCAUCAAAAUUUAUACGAAGCUAUGUGCCAGGCGUAUAGCGAGGUUCACAGCACCAGCAAAAAACUUCUGUAUCAAUUGGAUCAUUUGGUACAAGUCUGCAACCAAUCUUCUUUCGACCAACCUCUUCUGCAAAAACAUGAUAUGGAUUCGGAAACACCUGGAAACAGUAAAGUGCCAAUAAAUAAUCCUGCUUCGGACUAUUCCGAGGGUGCUUGCCACGUUUUAAACGUAAUUCAUAAAAUAUUGAAUCAUCAUCGAUCUCUGGAACACAGAUGGCAUACGAAAAAGAUCAAAUUGCAUCAAAAAUUAGCUUUGAGAUUGUUUCAAGAAGACGUUAAACAAGUUUUGGAUUGGUUAAAUAAUCACGGCGAAGUAUUCUUGCGUAAAAACAUAGGAGUAGGACGUACAUUACAAAAAGCCAAAGUUUACCAAAAAAGUCACGAACAUUUUGAAAACGUUGCUCAAAACACCUACACAAACGCUGAGAAACUAUUGGCAGCAGCCGAAGAACUAGCCCAAACUGGCGAAUGCAACGUCGAAGAUAUUUGUUCGGUAGCUCAUGAGCUAGAAAGUCGAGUCACAUCGUUUGCCAAUCGAGUCCAGCAUCGAAGACACAGGCUCGAUUUGGCUGUACAAUUUUACACGCACGAUAAAGAGUUGGAGAGUUGGCUAGAUGAAUUACGAGCUGAGAAAGAUUAUUGCGAAGAGAUCGCUAAUUCUACAGAGGCAGCCCAUAGACUACACGAGCAGUGCAGCAGUCAACGAGAAUCUUCUUUGGAUGCCUGUCUCAGGACGAUCAUGGAGGGUAAAACGCUUUUGCAGGAAUUAAGGAGUAUCGGUUUAACCCCGGAAAUAGACUCGACUGGGUCGAUAGCUGCUAUCGAGGCAUCUCUGGAGAGAUUAAAUAAACAAAGGAGCGAACUAGAAGAAUUAUGGGCGAUGCGUAAAAUGAAAUUAGAUUUGUACCUGAAGUUACGUAUGUUCGAAAGAGAUGCUUUAGAAAUAUCGUCGCAAAUGGAAAUGUGGUCGAGGAACUUGGACCAGGCAGACAUCCCGUUGGAAACUGAACAAGCAGAGCAAGCUUUACAAGUUCAUAAUGAUACAGUGACUCAUUUAUCUAAUAACGUUUUCCAAGUUUUACAACAAGGCGAGCAGUUAGCACAGAUUUUACAGAAUACUGAUAUGCCGGUGAUGGCUGAUAGUCAGUAUACGGCGCAGACCAGAGUACAAAUAUUGUUAGAAUUUCUCCACGAACGUAAAAUCGAUUUGGAACAUUUGGCCGAAAGAAAACGCGCGAAAUUAGAGCAAUUUGUACAGCUGAGUCAGUUUAGAGAAGAUGCGAAUCAGGUGGUCAGUUGGAUUCGUAAUGGCGAAUCAAUGCUUAUGGCCAGUUUCAUGAUACCUAAAAGUUUACAAGACGCCGAACAAUUGAAAAAGGAACAUAAGCAGUUUCAAGUAGCUAUUGAAAAAACGCAUACCGAAGCUGUGCAAAUAAAACAUAGAGCCGAAGCUUUGAUCGGUAAUAAUAAUUUCGACCCGAGUUAUAUCAGAGAGAUCGCUCAGGAAGUAACAAAAAGGUGGCAGCAAUUGGUUACCUCGGCUGAAGAAAGACAUAAACUUGUCACGGCUAGUUUGAAUUUCUAUAAGACUGCUGAACAGGUGUGUUCGGUAUUGGACAGUUUGGAACGCGAAUACAAACGAGACGAAGAUUGGUGCAGCGACGGCACAAUCGGAGAUAAAAUCACUCAACUUAUUACCAAACAUCAGGAACAAAAAGAAGCUUUUUUGAAAGCUUGUACAUUGGCUCGUCGAACAGCUGAAACAUACUUGAAAUAUACUAGUCGAAGUUUACAGUAUUAUAAUUAUCCUCAAGAUGCUAAUUCCGAAGCAUCGAUUAAAAGUAUUUUAGAUAAAUUAUUAAACCAAGAAAAUAACGUAUUGGCGAAUUGGAGCGAAAGAAAGAAAAGCUUGGACCAGUGUCAACAAUUCGUUAUUUUCCAAAAAUCCGCCCAACAAGCUUUAGAAUGGAUUAGAGAAAUCGGAGAACAUUAUUUAUCGACUCAUACCACGGUUGGAGCUACUCCGGAAGAAACAAAACGCUUGCUCAACGAACACAACGAAUUCAAAAUCAUCGCGCGUGAAAAUGGAGAAAAAGUCAAGCUUUUGAUGCAGCUAGCUGAAAGUAUCGCUGAAAAAAGACACACCCAUGCUGCAACCAUUCAGCAAUGGGUGACCGCCGUAGAUAAAACUUAUAAACAUUUUUCCGCUGGAAUGGAAAAAUACAGAGUGAAAUUGGAGCAGAAUUUAGGCAUCGAUCAGAAAUCUACGAAAGAGGCUCAAGAUCACGCCGCAGCUGAAGCGGCUAAAAAAUUCAAAGAACCUGCCAAGCAUUUUAAGGAGUUGAACGAAGAGAAACGAAGAUCUGCUAGGAGGAAAGAAUUCAUCAUGGCUGAGUUACUCCAAACAGAAAGAAGCUACGUGAAAGAUUUAGAAAUAUGUAUUCAGGUGUACUUGGAUGAAUUGCGAACCCAUCCGUAUAUUCCUGCAGGCCUUUACCAGCAAGAAAGGGCGAUAUUUUCGAAUAUAGAAGAUAUUCGAGAUUUUCACAGAGAUAUUUUCCUCAAAGAACUGGAAAAGUACGAGACCAUGCCUGAAGAUGUGGGCCAUUGUUUUGUCACUUGGGCCCAAAAAUUCGACAUGUACGUAGAAUACUGUAAAAACAAACCGGAAUCUAAUACAUUGCUGGUGCAACACGGUGGCACAUUUUUCGAAGAAAUGCGCAAAAAACACCAGGCUGAGCAUCCGAUCGCCGCCUAUUUAAUCAAACCUGUCCAACGUAUCACCAAGUACCAAUUAUUAUUGAAAGAUUUACAGUCGUGUUGCGAAGAAGGACGAGGAGAAAUUAAGGAAGGCUUGGAAGUAAUGUUGAAUGUACCUAAAAAAGCGAACGACGCGUUGCAUUUAUCGAUGCUAGAAGGCUGUGAUAUUAGUACAGAUGAACUGGGUGACGUCAUACUACAAGAUACGCUUUACGUUAUGGAUUUCAAGCAGCUAAUCAAGAAGAACAGAGAAAGGCAUUGUUUCUUGUUCGAAUUGUACCUGGUGUUUAGUAAAGAAAUCAAAGAUUCUACAGGCAAAGUGAAAUACGUCUAUAAGAAUAAACUUAUGACAUCGGAACUCGGAGUUACCGAACACAUCGAAGGAGACGAAUGUAAAUUCGCUGUUUGGACCGGACGAGCGCCUAUCUCCGAUUUUCGUAUCAUACUAAAAGCGAAUAGCUUAGAAAGUAAACAAUUAUGGGUGAAGAAAUUGCGAGAAGCUAUUCAAGAAACCUAUUUCAGCAGUGCGUUACCGUUGAGUAUGCCGAAGAGCCCGGCUAAAUUGAAAAGCAACAGCAGACGAUCCAGCAGAGAUAUGGAUGAUUCGUCUUCGAUCAACGAGAAUCCGGAUGCUUUGGAUAAAGGAUCGCUUACUUCGUUCAGUUCUGGAAAUACUACUGAUUCGGAUAAGGUUUCAGAAAGAACUAGCGCUUCUUUGGACUACAUUUUACCAAAUUCGGACGACGUCGUCGCUUCUUCAAGUCAUAAAAAAGAUAUCCUCGAAGGUUUCUCGAAGAAAUCAGAUCUCGCAUCGUCUGCAGCAUCCUACAACCACCAUCCAGACGACCAUCGUUCGUUCGAUCCUUCGAAAAUGAACUCGACAUCGUUGAACAUGAACGCUACCGGGGAAAAUACAGAUGAAACCAAUACUGAAAGUAGUUCGUUACCGGUGAAAAAACGCGUUUUUAAUGGAAAAUGGAUCCCACCACCGCUUCGAAAACUGAACCAAGUGAAAAACGACAAAAACACGUCGGAAAAUCAUAGUCCUCAAUCGAGUAAAAAAUUAGAUAAAAAAUCAAAGAUUUCGAUGGAAGAGCCAGAAGAUCGAGCCGUCGCCAACGAAGACGACGGUGAAGAUGAAGUAGAGUUACCACCACCCAUGAAACCGAUAUCUGAAUCUGUUUUGGUGACCAACGAAGAUCAACAAAUUCAGACGCCGAAUAAUUCGUCGAAAGAUAUCGAAGAAAUGGAAAAAUUCGUCAUGAAAUGCUUGGAAAAGAAAGAAUCCGCCGCCGUAGUCCCACCUCCAGUACCUGUCGAAGUACCCGAACCGGAAGCAUGCACCUCGAUGGAAAAAUUCCAACCUAAAAGUCGCGAUAACGCAUUACACGGUCGAGAAUGUGCCCUCAAAGAGCUGAUCAAAACGGAAAAAGAUUACGUGCGAGAUCUAUCCUAUAUAAUCGAUGGCUACAUACGUAUUAUUAACGAUCCCAAUUCACCCAUUAAACGACCAGAUUCAUUUCCAGAAACCAAACAAAGACUACUGUUUGGAAACAUCGAAUCCAUCUAUAAAUUCCAUAAAGACGUUUUCGUCCACGCUUUAGAAAACAGCGCGCAGAAUUUGACUAGAAUCGGCGACACGUUUGUCGAAAACGAACCUAAGUUACUAAAAUACGUGGUGUUCUGCCAAAAUAAACCUAUUUGCGAUUUCAUCAUGAACGAUUAUAUAGAUAAUUAUUUCGAGGAAAUUCGCAAAUAUUUGAAUUAUAAAUUAUUGCUAAGAGAUCUGCUGAUUAAACCAGUACAACGAGUCACCAAGUACCAACUUAUUUUAAAAGAUUUACUCAAGUAUUCGAAGAAAAUAGGCAAUACCGAUGAAACUGCUUCGAUACAGAGAGCCAUCGAUAUUAUGCAGACUAUUACCAGAAUUGCCAACGAUACGAUGGAUCUCGAACGUAUCGAAGGAUUUAAUCCUCGAGUUCACGCUUUAGGUAAAUUAUUGAAACACGGUUCGAUUAAAUGUAUAGAUAUGACAUUUAAACCGGGAAAAUCGCUGGAUAAACUGAAAAAUUUCCAUUUAUAUAUUUUCGAACAAUUAGUAUUAUUUUGUAAAGAAUAUCAAAAAAGGUAUUUCAAUAGUAGACCAGUUUUCGUAUACCGAGGUCACAUCGAUAUGAAUAAUUUAAGCUUCGAAGUACAACCACUGUCGGAUAAACACUCGUCCGAUAAAAACCUAGCAUUUAUUGUUCGUUCGACCCAUCCUAAGAAACAACCUCAAGCGAAAUUUUAUUGCGUAGCGCUGAACGAAGAAGAAGGCCGAGAAUGGAAGGCGCAAUUUGAAAAAAUACUCGAUGGCCAGAAAAUGUUCAUGAGGGCUUUGACUAGCCCGAUCGAGUACCAAAAUAACCUUAAGAAAUCUUCAUCCGUUGAAGAAAAACAUAAAAAAAUGAACAACGAUGAAAAAUCCUCAGAUAAAAGUAAACAUAAGUGAUGAUUUAUUACAACGAAACUUACAUACUUUAUUUAUACUUACUCUUGUUGAACGCUUUUGUUUUAAUUAUCGUGAAACGAAUACUUAUAUAUUUUAUGUGUUAUAUAUUUUAUUAAUUUAUUUAUUAUUAUUUUUUUUUUUUUAAAAGUUUUCUCCUCAAACCAUGUUUAUUGUAUUGUUAUAUUUGAUCGUGUAGUUUAUGUAAUUUAUACCUAUUUAUUAUCGUAGUAUUGAAAUUGUUAUUUAAUGCCCGCUUCUUCAGUAUAUGAUAAUUUUUUACAGUU